AUGGCCACAUUAACCCCCGUUGCUGUGACUCUUCCGAAAGACAAAGUACCGACUAAAAAGAACGCCAGGGACAUUAUCGGCGCAUUCCUGACGGAAGACUGGCCAUUUGUGGAUCCAGAGACUCUUACGGUGUCAUACCAUGCAUCUUUCGCCAACGCCCACUGUCCCGUGGAGCGGCCAAAACCUGCGACUGGCACAACUACUGACACCUUGAAGGUUUUCAUCAAAUUCCACACCGACGCCGGAGGUUCCCUCGAAGUAUUUAAACCUCUAGCGCCAACCAGACAUGAAGAAGCACUUUUCUCCUACGAGUAUGGCCGAACCGGGCUGGGAGCCAAAGUCUAUGGGUUCUUCGAGACACAGGAUGGCACACUUGGGAGAGUCGAGGAGUUCCUGGAUGCACGUAACAUGGAACCGGAGGAUGUUGAGAAUUCGGUUAUCCGAGCGGAUGUUGCUAAAGGACUCGCACGAUUCCAUGUCCUGGAGACGUCACUGGAGAAAAAGGCGGUGGAAUCAUACUAUGAAGCCGUCGUCAAUGGGCUCAGGGUUUACCACAAGAUGGACAAGUUGAAGGCACUUGGGGAAGAAGGAGGUGUCAGUAUCGACAAACUAGUUGAUUACGACUUUGGGGGGAAACUGAGAAAUGUGGUGGACAAAUUGCAAUCUAUAGGAGGAAAGACAGGAUGGUGUAUUCAUGACGUUCAAUUCAUGAACGUGAUGGUGAAAAAUGAUGCGAAAGAAGGGGAGAGCAAAGUCACACUCAUUGACUUUGAGUUUGUGAUGCAGAACUACCGGGCAUUUGAUAUCGGUGGGCACUUUAUGCAAAAGAUGUUCAAAUGGUUUGACGAGGAAAGCAGGAUAGCAAAUUGCAGGAAAUAUACCGAGGAGGAGAAGAAACAUUUCUGUGGCGAAUAUGCCAGGCAGUGGAACAAAUUGACCGGGGAUACAGAUACUGGGGAUCGGGUGUUCCAGGAAUCCGAAUAUGGAUACCUGUUGGCCAUCACUUUUGAUAUCCAUAACAUGCUUUGCUUUAUGGAUGCCCAAGGAGACAAAGAUCCGUUGAAUCUGCUUGGGCUAAACAAGCUGUUCGAUGAGUUUGUGGCUCAGUGUUCUAAACUUAAUCUACAAGAUUAA